AUGAACGGGUCCACACAUGGCUCCUUUGAAUCCAUCGACAAUCCCACACCAUUCCCCAAAAUCGAGGAAGAAGCCAGUAGUCAGGAGAAAGAGCCCAAGGAGGGCAACAAAAUCAAGAAGCGCACUGAUGGGACUCCAGGCCACAAGAGAUCUGUCUCCGGAAACUUGUUGUCGCGGCUGAGCUUUUUGCGGACCAAUAGUGAUCAGGAUAAAAGCGAUGGAACUGAUCGGGAUGGCUCUGAAUUCUCCCACCGUGGGCGAGGCGCCAUGGCCGAGAUGCAGACGGAAACGAAGCGAAAACGAAAGGGCUCUCUACGGAAGACCGUCCUGGGCAGAGGAAGAGAUAGAAAGACUUCCGACGUGAAGAAGUCUCCUCUCCAUACUGCCAACUCGGCUUCAGGACCAACAGCAGAGGAAGAACGGGCUGCCCCAACUCCUCGCGCCGGUCAAGACUUGUCGAGUCCUGUGUCUCCCGAUUCUCCACCAUCAUGGCCGUUUCGAACCCUCUCCCGGGUUUCCAUUCCCUCCAUCCGAAGUAGUAUUGCCUCCGUCGAUCCAGCCUCAUCGGCGACCUCAAUCAUCACGAGCCCGACCAUGGGUGGCACCGACGCUUCGACCGACGACGAAGACCUGGUGCUGCCCCGAAGACCAACUUUGCGAAAGAUCCCGUCAUCGACCUCCUCCUUUGGCGAUUCCUACUUCCCUAUCCAAGACCCAAUGCGCCGCAUGUUCGGCUCCCGUACUCGGUCUCCCCUCGCGACGCAACCCCAAUCCAUUGCAGGGACACCUUCGGACGAUGAGGGAUGGGACUAUUCAGAGACUGCGUUCUGGGGAUAUGUUAUUCUUGUUGUGACCUGGUUGGUCUUCGUCGUCGGGAUGGGGUCUUGUUUCGGGGUCUGGUCCUGGGCUUGGGAUGUCGGAGAAACACCAUACGCACCGCCCGAGUUGGAGGAUGAUCCUACACUCCCCGUUGUCGGUUACUACCCGGCUUUAUUGGUGUUAACCUGUGUAAUGGCCUGGGUUUGGGUGGUUGUGGCAUGGGUUGGGAUGAAAUAUUUCAGACACGCGGAUUUCAAGGGAGACGACGGAUAA